AUGGAUAUGAAAAAAGAAGUGGUGAUUGGGCUGCAAUCGACACCUAAAUACCUCCCUGCAUGGUAUCGUUACGACAAUGAAGGAUCGAGACUGAAUGACAUGUGCCUGGAGAAAAACGAAAACUACUACUUUCAUAGGUGUGAACUGGGAAUUUUGCAAACUCACAUUUCGAAUAUGCUUGGAUUGGACAUGAACAACAGUGUCCUGGUUGACAUGGGAAGCGGAAACUGUCAGAAAACACGCAUGUUUAUUGAUGAAAUUUUGAAAACGAAAAGUCAUCUGGCUUUUUAUCCAGUUGAUAUUUCACAUGAAAUGUUACUAGACACGUGUAAGAAGCUGUCUGAUGAAUAUGCAGAGCAACUGGAUAUCAACCCGAUUAGUGCUGACUACGAAACUGGUAUCGCAGAAAUAAAACAAUAUACCUGUUCAAAACUGAUCCUAUGGUUUGGUAGUAUCCAGAGUCUAGAGCCUGACGACCAAGUACGAAAACUAAAGCUAGUGAAAUCAGUGAUGACAGCUGGCUGCAGUUUGAUUUUUAGUGUCGAUAUAACACAAGAAAGAGAUGAUAUCAUGAAGGCCUACAAUGAUUUCCAUGGAAGACAGCUCUUUAUGAACUUCAUAUGGCGGUUGAUUCGAGAAGAGAAAUGUACAAUCAACCCAGACAAUUUUGAUUUAGAGGUGGAAUUCAUCAAAGAUGACUCGGCAGAUAAGAUGAGUUCUGUCCAAGUGAUAUUCAGAGCAAAGCGGGAUAACUCGUUUACACUGCCUACAUUAGGUAUCACAGUGAACAUGGCGAAGGGCGAACCAUUGUAUCUACACGACGGGCCCGGUAUCAGCCAUAAAUAUACACCGACACAGGUACAGACUCUGAUAAAGCGCGCCGGAUUACAACUGGUGGACAAGUGGGUUGAUAAUGCUGAGCAUGUACGCUGA